AUGGACGAAGACGGUUUUAAGAUAGUAAGAUACAGGAGGAAACACCCACGCAAAAAAUGUGAAACGAAGCAGGUGGAAAGGUUAGAAGGGUCAGUGGAAGAGGUUCAAAUCGCGAUGGAGAAAGCUAAGAUACAGUUAGAGAACAGUGGUCUCAGCUUGUGGGUUAUCAAUAAUAUUCGGUCGCUUCUUGGUGUUCGUCGAGUCACGGAUAUUUAUGUCAUCGGGAAUGGCCAUUUUGAUGCACCUUGGGAGCCCGGAACACAUCAGUUAGCGUUGAUGCAAAGACUAUGUGUUGAAUUUGAUGCAAAGAUGAUAUUUCAGCUUAUAUUAUGUUGGUUUAAGGAACCUUGCAUCAGCAAAGCUGAACGGGAGUAUUUGAGCAAACAGGAAAAAGUGGUUUGUCGCGAUUCUACUGAUGUUCAUGUCCAGUUUGAUCUUAACGAUGUCCACAGUGUUUGUUUGGUAGUACUUAUUCAUGGCCUCCACAGUAUCCUCGAGGAUUUCCUUUCUUUCAUUUGGUUCACGAACUUGAACAAUAUUAUUCUAAUAUGUAAUGACUACAGAGAUUUUGACUUGAUUGAUGAAGUUGCAAAGAAAGAUUCUAACUAUCAUUUUCUAAAUGCUUUUCGUAAAUAUGCAACAUUCCUCACCUUUCCUGAAUACGUCCCAUAUCCUUCGUUCUUCCUCAAUUCAUCACUUGCUUAUAUCAAACACAAUUUUUCUGCUUAG